AUGCUUGGGAAAUUGCCAUCAGGGAGAAAGAAUUGGGAUAGAUCUUUCAAGCUUCAUUUCAUUCAUACUUCGUUCUGGGAUAUGGAAAUGCACAGCUAUUUGGUAGACUUGAGCACCAGAAAGAUACCUAAUCAACCGAGGAUUCUUCCUGGCCAACUGCUUACCCCUUAUCGCUCCUCAUGGAAACCGUGUCAGUUGGAUGGAAGAGAUGCAGAACUGGUUCAUUAUUUCGCAUCUACCGCGUUUUCUUCCCUGGCCAUCUUUAACCAGGAUGCGGCAGCUUUCCGAGAUUUGCUGAUUCAGAUGGCACUGUCAGACGGCACAGUCUCUUCUAGGGCGGUCUUGUUCGCCUUACUUGCUGUUGCUUCACAACAUCGUGAUGGGCUCCAGUGUCGAGCAGUCCAAUUCAAGAUUUCUGCCAUUAGCGCGCUCGCCAAGUCGGCAGAGAACGGGACCUUGAGCACAACAGAAGCAGCCCAGCACGUCACUGCUGGCAUGCUUCUAUGUUCGUUUGAGAUCCACGCAUCGUCGGAAACAGGCGGACAAUGGCUAUGGUAUGUCCGUGGAGUAAAAGAUAUAAUCGAAAAAAGCCACCUCGAUACGCAAAUAAACAAAAGUUUUGUCGCUGAAUUACUCGAUUGGGUUUAUUAUCAUAAUGUAAUUGCUCAAUUCAGCAUUCUGCACUGGCGAUAUGGUCCAGUAGAAUCCAUGUUUGCUAAGCAGCUUGAUCUCAAAGGAUGGGAGUGGAUUUUAGGUCCGAAUAGACUCCAGAGGACUAAUCGUGUACGCCCAUCUCAUCGCAUAUUGCAGUUUCUAUCUGAUAUUUUCAAUGUGCUAUUCCAAGCGUUCGAACAGAGAGACACGAUGGAGAAAUUUGUGGGAAGACUCAACAUUCUAGAAGGCAGAGCCAGCACUGUCGUGGAAAUUUCCGAAAGAUAUGGAAAAUUCUCCACCCAGGAGACCACAGAUGCGACAGAUAUGGUCAAAUUAUAUCAAACGGCGGCAAUGCUCUAUCUUGCACGAGUCUCCGAAAGUAUUUCUGGGGAGUUACGGAACAUGAAGCCUCUCCUAGAUAACGCAUUUGCCUUGUUAUGCCGGAUGCGCACUUGCGAACUCCAGUUUCCACUGCUCGUUCUGGGCUGCGAGGCACGGACUGAUGAGCAGAGAAAUAUGAUCCUCGACCUAGUCUGGAGGACAGAAAAGACCACAUACGUACGAAGCCUAGAUUGUCUGAGGCGGGCCCUAAGGGCCCUGUGGAUACAAGAAGAUCUUGCUUCUGACCAAGACUGUGUGCCAAAAUACAUGGACAGACUGAGCGCAAUCAUCAGCAUAACAAGAUUCAUCCCAAGUUUAGUGUAA